AUGACAGCAAUGGAAGGGGCCAGCGGGUCGAGUUUUGGAAUAGACACGAUUUUGUCCGGUGCCGGUUCCGGCAGCCCCGGCAUGAUGAACGGAGAUUUCCGCCCUCUCGGUGAAGCUAGGACCACGGAUUUUAGGAGCCAGGCCACCCCGUCACCCUGUUCGGAGAUUGAUACUGUGGGAACGGCGCCCUCUUCUCCGAUCUCGGUCACCUUGGAGCCCCCGGAGCCGCAUCUUGUGACAGACGGGCCCCAGCACCACCAUCACCUCCACCAUGGCCAACAGCCACUGCCGCCGCCAGCCGCGGGCCCCGCACAAAGUUUGCAGCCUUCGCCCCAACAGCAACCGCCUCCGCAGCCACCGUCGGCAGCCCAACAGCUGGGCUCAGCCGCCUCGGCCCCCAGGACUUCCACCUCUUCAUUUCUAAUUAAGGACAUCUUGGGGGACAGCAAACCUCUGGCGGCUUGUGCGCCCUACAGCACCAGCGUCUCUCCUCAUCACACGCCGAAGCAGGAGAGCAACGUGGCUCACGAGAGCUUCAGGCCAAAGCUGGAGCAGGAGGACAGCAAAACGAAGCUGGAUAAGAGGGAGGACUCCCAGAGCGACAUCAAAUGCCACGGAACAAAGGAAGAAGGGGACCGGGAGAUUACAAGUAGCCGUGAGAGUCCCCCAGUGAGAGCCAAGAAACCUCGGAAAGCCAGGACAGCCUUCUCGGACCACCAGCUCAAUCAGCUGGAGCGGAGCUUCGAGAGGCAGAAGUACCUGAGUGUCCAGGACCGCAUGGACUUGGCAGCGGCACUCAACCUCACUGAUACUCAAGUCAAGACUUGGUACCAGAACCGCAGAACCAAGUGGAAGCGACAGACCGCAGUGGGCCUGGAGCUGCUGGCAGAGGCCGGGAACUACUCCGCUCUGCAGAGGAUGUUCCCGUCGCCUUAUUUCUACCACCCAAGCCUGCUGGGCAGCAUGGACAGCACCACGGCGGCGGCGGCGGCCGCGGCCAUGUACAGCAGCAUGUACCGGACUCCUCCGGCACCCCACCCGCAGCUGCAGCGGCCGCUGGUGCCCCGCGUCCUCAUCCACGGCCUGGGGCCUGGGGGACAGCCGGCCCUCAACCCUUUGUCCAACCCCAUCCCAGGCACCCCGCAUCCCCGGUGA